UGUUGCAGGCAGGGUUCAAUUUGGAUAGUGUCUUGGGGAGUUGGAUCAUUAGGAGUGGGAUCAGGAUUGUUUUUCUUCGUGGCAAAGUGAUAUUUCCAGCAGAGACUACGAGUGUAGGACAGUAAAUCUUUGACAAGGGCAGUUUGGUUGAACCUGGGAGUACAAAUGAGUGUGGGAUGGUAAAAUUCUACCUACUGUGUGUCACAUGUCUGUGUGUGCAGGUUUAAAAUCAGUCUAGGAAGAAGGUAGACGCGGUGGUGGAAUGGAACUGACAAGUACCUGUCGGACAAUUCAUAGAUGUAUUAGUGCAUGUGUAAGGAAGAACCACGGAGUUUAUAUGCAACUCUGUGAACAUUGUGUCACUGACUGUUGUUAUGUGAAAAAAGAACAGUUGAGAAGGAUCCAAAUUCAUCAACGUAGAUUGCUGAAAGAGCAGAGUUUUAGAAGAGAAGGCCUAUUCAAAAAGUCGUCACAAAUCAUUAGAAUGUGGCAAGGACCCAAGAACAUGGGAACUUUAAGUCAAAAACUAGAGAAGAAGUUGCUGCGUGUUGCCCUAGCAACCAGACAUAACACGAUAAGGGAUUACUCUGAGCCAUUGGAAUAUGUUCAAGUAGCCAAUGAAGCAAAAUUUGAAUGAAAAAAAUGGUGAAAGAUGAAACAUAACAGUCUAAUUGAAACCCAUUUAAACACUUGAUUUCUAACCAUAAACAGUAAUUUCUGACGUAGAGGUACAUGGAAAUAUAUACUUGUGGAAAAGUUAUGGAGAAAAUAAUUAUGUAAUCUCAAUUACACUAAUGUGUAGAACCUCUGUAAAU